AUGACUACGAAGAUACAGAAAAUCGAAAAGCGGAUCAAACACAAGAAAAAUGAGGUUUUUUUUCUAACGUUUUCUGGAAAAUUAAUUUUGAACCUGAAAAUUUGCAGCUUCUUCUCGAUAUUCGCCCAAUUAUGGAUGAUUUAGCCGAUGAAUUUGAUAACAAAAUUCCAUAUCUGAAAUUUGUUGAAGUUUUCAAUUCAAGAACCAACACCGAAUUUGAGGUAUCUUUAUUUUUUGAGGAAAAAUGAAAAUAGAUAUUACAAAAUAUUUUCAGAAACGUCACAAUGGCCUCAAAAAAUACCUGAAAAAUUGGGAACUUUCACAGGUUUUUCAAGAUGUUCCACAUGAAACGUUGAGAUAUGAUUUGUAUGAAAGUAAGAAUUCAAUCAAAAAAAUAUAUAGAAAAAAAACCAAAAAAAUUUUCAGAUGACAAUAAAGACAAAUUCAUAGUAAUUCAGAAUUUGCCAGAAGGAAUGAAAAGAGUUGGGACUGUUUUACCGAAGAAAAAGAGAAGAAGAGCAACGGUUAUGCCACAGGGUGGAUGUUUUCCAGUUGACGCAGAAGAUAAGAGGAAUAGUUGGGAGGUUUGUGAUUUUUACAAAACCCUAGAGGAAUAAGAUUUGGAAGCUUCGAAACUUGAGAAGAAGGAUUUAAAAAAGGUCAGCGCCUACACAAAAAUAAUUUGAAGGGCCCGCGCCUACAGGAAUAUAAUUCAAAGGGUUCACGUCUACAGAAAUAGGAGUUGAAGUGUCCGCUCCUACGGACCUCGACAAAGGGUUUGAAUAUUUUCGGUUCCAGAAAUGGUCGAUGAUUUCAAAAUUCUUAUCCGAUAAUUUUCCAAAGGUUCCGUGGAUUCUUGAAGUUUGAAUCCAUUUUUUGGAAUUAUGGGCUGAAAUUUGUGAUUGUGAAUUUGCAAGCCUUUUUCCAACACUCUAGAACCCAUUUAGAUUUCCCCAAUUUUUCACAUUUUCAUCAAAUUUUUCUCAGAUUCUCAAUGGAAAAACUGUAGUCUUCACAGUUCCAUGUUGGCCGGGAGUUUCAGCUGAAUUUCGAGCAAAUAAUCAGAAUCUCUAUGAAGAAUUCUUGAACAUUUCUUCGCCGAAAAAGAAAGUAUCGUAAGUUCAUCUCUCUUUCCAUUUUUCAUAAAAUUCGCUAAAUUUUUUCAGAGAAUCAAUAUAUUUGGCUGAAAAAUGGUGGAGUUCAGAGAUUCAAAAAUUGCCACAAAUUCUUUAUAUUGUAUCGAAACUUGAAAUAUUCAAAUUAACAAGUUUGGAUCAAUCAAUAGCUGUAAGUGUAGAUUUUUGUUGUUACCUGAGAAUAAAUUUAUUUGUGUUUCAGGAAGUAUUUCCGAGUGAAUGGGCGGGACAUUCAAAAAAUUUUGGGAUAAAUUAUGGAGUUUUCGGAAUUUCAAAAUCCAAAUUGGUUGAGCUGAAUUUGAUUGUUAGAUGUGAUGCAGAAAAUGCAAAUAUGGUUAGUUUUAGUUGAAUUUUAUUUCUUAUAUUUCAUUUGAAAAAAUUCCAGUUUACAAAAAACGAGAUUAUUAGAAGUUGCAAAUUCGAACCGAUCAAUAAUGAGAUCACCAGUUUAUUAUACGAUUUUGCAGAAAAUUAUAGGAGUUGUUCAAUUGAAAGAGCUAAUAAGGUGAAGUUUUCUUAUUAGUAAUUUUAGAAAAUUAAUAUUCUAAAAUCCUGUUUCAUUCAGAUGUUAUUGGAUAAUAUGACUUCUUGGCGAAAUCGAGAUCCACGAGAUCGAACAUUGGAAAUAAGACAAGUUUUGAGAAAUAAUGAUGAUGAAAGUUAUCCCACAUCAUUUUUCAUUCAAAUAUUUUUUUUCCAGAUUUUUGACUAUGCUCAAAAUGGUGAUGAAUAUUCUGCUGCAAAAUACAAAGAUAUCAUUUUUGUUCCUUUAUAUUUUUCUUCUUCCUAUCGCUAA